AGAACUCGGUCCUGUUCCAACCUGUGCUUUGUUUUCUCAGCGUUAUAGGUUCCAGCUCGAUUAUUGCCUAUGCCAUCUUCCAAAAUGCAGUGAGGUCCCCUGAGGUGAGGCCACUUUUCUACCUGAGCCUCUCUGACCUAUUGCUGGGCAUGUGCUGGUUGGCAGGGGCACUGCUCUACAGCUCACCCACCUCCAAGCAGGACCUCAUCUGCUACAACCUGCAGGCCACGGGACAAAUAUUCUAUGUGGCCUCUUUUCUCUACACUGUUAACUACACCUGGCACCUGUACAUGGACCUGAAGGUGAAGUACAAUCAGAACCUGUUCAGGAUGCCUCCCCAGGUUGUGGAUUAUGCAAGUUGCAUUGGCCGAGCAGCAACAAUCCUGUCAAGCCUGAUCCCUUUCCUGCUCAUGGUGCCUGUGUUCUGCCUGGGCAACAGCAGCAGCUGCUACCAGAACUUCAGCCAGAAGCAUGGCUGUCUGCUGAUGCACACGGAAUUGGCUGUGCCCCCCAACGAGCCGCAGACCCUCAGCGGCUCCGUGUGCCGCGCCAUGCACUUCUACGGCAUCGGCAUCUUCCUCAUCUCCUUCCUCGUCAGCUUCCUGGCCAUUCUGGUUAUACUGAGCCAGGCCCGAGGGCUGUACAAGAGGUUUGUGAACUCCACAGGGUUCCUGGGGGAUCAGCAAUGGGCCAUGAUUAAGAUGGUGGAACAACGAGUGGUUUUCUACCCCAUCGUGUUCUUCUGCUGCUGGGCCCCAGCUGUUCUCCUUGGAGUGCUGAAGUUGACUCUUUCAACCACCAGCAAAAUCUACAUGGCUCUGCUGAUCCUGCAGGCCCUGACAGCAGCAUCCCAGGGGCUGCUGAACUGUGUGGUGUAUGGCUGGACACAGCACGCGUUCCUCUCGCUGAAGCGUGGCGCCUGCCGCGACGUGGACACCCAGACCCCUCUGCUGCGCUCCCAGAAGAGGUUCUAUGCCAGCACCCUCCCUGCCAGCCCCCCCGAGGCCCAGGGCUCCACCUCCACCCUGCUCUGA